UGCAAGAGCUCUGGCCGGCCAUUCCAGCUUCAAUGGCUCCAAUGGCUUCGAUGCUCGGCCUCCCAUUGCUCUUCGCUGUGGCCACAGCGUUGGCCGGGCAAGAUUUGGUUCCCACGCGAUGUUUGCAAGGACCCAAGUUCUGGUGCCAGGAUGCGGCCACGGCUGUCAAAUGCCAGAGGGAGCAGUACUGCACGAGCCUCUGGGCCGCCGUUCCUCUGUGGGAUCAGCUGGAGGAGGAAGACGAGGCUCGGCCCCCCGCCAAGAAGUGCACGUUCUGCACCCAGAUUGUGGAUAAGCUCAAGUCGUUAGCUGGCGAUGAUCCCGACGACGACGCGAUCAGCAAGGCCCUGAACUCCGUGUGCAGGGCCGUGGGCAGACGCCAGGCCGGGAUGUGCAAAUCGCUGCUGAAAAAGUACAAAGAUCAGCUCACGGAUGGACUGCAGAAUGGCGAUGAGGCCGGAGAUAUCUGCACCAGCAUCAAAUGGUGCAAGGAACCCCCAGAGUUCUCAAACUGAUGCCCGCCGCUUUCCCCGAGGCCAUGCCAAUUCCCCAAAGCUUCUCGCUGCUGCUGAUGAUGAUUGUGCCCACCUGCACUGCACAGAACUGGCUGCAUGGAGCAUGGCAUGGGGCCAGCUGGGACUGCUGCAGGCCGGAGCAGAUAACCCGAGGACAGCGGCUCUGCCAGCCCUUGGCCAUCAGCUUGGCUCUGGCAGUCUGGCAUCUCUUCUGCUGGAUAUCGUGGGCCGGAUGCUGAGCUGGUGCACGUGGGCACAGCUCCAGGCCAUGCCGAUUUGCACCAGCCGGGCAUCUGACCCUUCCUCCACCCCACUGCUUUUGGCUUCCUUGUGAAUAAAGUGCUUUGGACAACU